AGGUAAAACGGAGCCACCGCAAAGAGAGACAGCAGGCCAAUAGGUAAAUGGUUUAUUUAGUGUUGAACGACACAAUCAUAAGUAUUAAUAUAAACGCCUCUUUAUUUACCUGGCGAUUUGCGUUUUUUGAGCGUUCUUACUCAUUUCCAUUAAAAAAGGGGGGACUUACUAACGGCUUACGUGUGUGGAUGUUGAACUAUCCUUUUUCUGAUUCCUCUCAUGUCGCAAAACCUUCCUUUGCCUUUGUUCAGCUACGGUAAUUUACAGUAAGAUGUACGAUUUGUUGACAUAAACCUUCGAGAGAUGAACCUUUUUGGGGGCAUACGACAUUCCACGAGGCGUGCGUGUCUCGCACGAUGUGAGGCGCUAUUAGCAUGCGCUUUGCUGCUAUCGUUGUUGCCUGCGACGCUGGUACUCUACAGUGUACUAGGCGCCUGUACUCGGGGUGUGAGCCAAGGCUCUUCCCGCGCAAGGUGCCCUUUGUUGAGGCUUCUUUCCUUCAGCGCGUUGGAUCUGAGAAGCCCCGUCUUUCAGCUGACGUCUUCAGCUCUCUCACUUCUCCGAUCACCGUCGUCACUCAAACGCCAAUACGGUCUUUUCGCCCCUUCUCCUUCUCUCAUAGAUUUGUUGCCUGUUGCACGGAAGUCCUACGGCUUCAGUGAGCGAUUCGUAGGCGACCUCGAGCCGCUUUAACACCUCUGCGAGCUAUAUAUAUAUAUUACUCUCUUUUAGGAUUUCCUUCUUUUCUUCUUCUUUUAAGUUGGUUUAAUAAUAAGGGUGCUUUAAAAAGGUUUCCCGGUCGGGGGAAAGCUCCUGAUCGAUGUAACAGCAGGGAAGAGUAUCACCGCUUAUAUAUAUAUAUAUACGUAGCAGUUUAUAUAUGAAAGUGCAUUUGUAUUUUAUUGUUUUGUUUUUCAUCAGCGCCGCAUAAUUCUACUAGAAGCAAAUAUCACCUCAGAAGUUAAAGAAAAUAGAUAUAUAUCAAAUCGGAAAGGAUCCAUUAGACCGAUUUUUGUUUCACGAAUACCGCUUGAAGAAGACGGAUAGCUCCUAUUGAGCGACCUUUUGGGUUCGAAAGACGUAUAGGGCCUUUUCUCCCUCGCGCAGUAUCUCCCAUUAAGCAGCGUUCCUCCACCACUACAACUACUAUUUGUUGCUAUUAUUAUUAUUUGCACCGAAGAGUGUCGCCUUCAUGGCUAUCUCUUUCGUUGCCAUCGUCAUCCUCUGCAUCUCCUCGGCCUCCGCCCUUGGCUUUAGCAUUGUGCUGAGCGCUUUUGUACUCAUGUGGUGUGGGUGCUGCCGCGUCUCGGACGACGAGCUCGAUGAGCGGGACCGCCGCCGCCUCCACCGCCGCCGUGGGGGCGCCGCAGAAAGGGAAGAGGUGGUAGUGCACAGCGGAGGGGACGACGUACCGGCGCCGGCGCCGGAGCGGAAGGGCAUCCCGCUCAACUCCAAACCCCCGCGUCUCUCCCCGGCCCAGGAGCUGCUGCGCGACAAGGCGCUGGAGAAGUACAAGCGGCGCACCGCACGCGAGGAGCGUCGACGAGCGCGGCAGGCGGCCCGUGAGGCCCGUCUGGCGCAUCUCCGCGAAGGCGACGGUGACGGCGAUGGGUUGGACGAUAGCGACGGCGAGGACGGGCGGUCGUCCGUGACGAGUCGCACCACCCUCACCUCGGCUGCGACGACGGUGCGGACCGCCUCGACGGCAGCCUACGGGCGUGGUGCGUACCUCUUCCCCCCACCCCACCUGUGCGGAGUGGAAAUGGACGGGAAAGGUGAAGGUGGAGAUGAUGUAGAGGGCAGCGAGGUGCGCAGUUCCCACAGCCGCAGCUCCCGUCGCAGCUCCGGCUCGACACGGAGCAGAGCAAGCCAAGGCCCCGUCGCGACGAUUAAGUCAUACAUGCGGCAGCGGCAGCGGCAGCGGCUGCGCCGUCGGGAGGAGCAGCAGCAAAUCGACCUGUUCAACCAGUGGGCCGAGGCGCAGAUGGCCUCCUCGUCGGAGCUGUCGCCAUCGUCUGCUGCGUCCUCGGCGGUCGAGUCGGUUGCCGCCUUGGCCGAUCACAACGCGGGAGAAGAGAAGGGGCGGGGACGUCGCACAUCGAAUGGGCACCGCGGGGGGCGUGGCGGACGUCAGCAAAGGUCGGCGGAUGACCGGCUUCAUGCAAAUGGCGGUGGGUUCGAUCGCUCGCAGCCGCUGCCGCAGCAGCCGUCGCGGUACCGCUCGAGCAGCGUGGCGAGCUCCGCCCCGCGGCCACCCGAGGAGGUUCUCGGCGAUGACCUUGCCCACUACUCCUUCCUAGCAGACGCCAACGAUGCACAGCACAACCUGCGCCGUGAGCAGGUGCACCUGCAGGCGGGCUACCCGGCCUCGCCGCAGAUGUUUCAGCUGCCGACGGAGUUUGGUCCGCCGAUUCCGAAGAAGAACGGGGUGGACGGUGUGGAGGAGGCGAACGAAGCAGCAGCGGUGGUGGCUCCGGCCCAGCACACGCCGGGGAGCACGAACGUGUACGGCGAUCGACAGCAGCAACCGCAGCAGCCACCACAACCUCCACAGGCACCGCCGCGUCGACACAAGCGAACGUGGAAGGACGUCGAGCACAAUGUGGCGCUCAGCGGUUUCUUUAAUAGCCCGACGAACAACAGUUUUGGAGGAGUGCACGCGCCGUACGAUGACGGCGAGGCAUCGGCACCCUUCCGCACGAGCCCUGCUGAGCCGACGCACAGCCCACUGCAGUACCCUGGCAACCGAAGAGAGUAA